AUGUUAGAAUUUGACGCACUCUCUAACGAUGUUUUGUAUGGAAAAUUGAAGGAGUUUUACACUUUGGAAUCCAAGUAUCAUACUUGCUUGAUAUUACCGCAAGAAUCACCGCGUGAAAUAACAGCUGGAGCACGAGACGGUUCGGCGUAUGUUCUACGAUGCCUAAAAGUUUGGUAUGAAUUGCCGUCGGAUGUAUUGUUUGCUGCGAUCAAUUUGGUUGAUCGAUUCCUCAAUCGAAUGACAGUUAAACCAAAACAUAUGGCCUGCAUUAGUGUUGCAUCAUUCCAUCUGGCCAUUAAACAACUACAAUUGGAGCCGUUCAAUUUAGAUGAUCUAGCAACAAUAUCACAAGUUGGUUGUACUGCUCGCGAUUUGGAACGUAUGGCCGGGGUCAUCGAGAAUAAACUUGGUGUCCAAUUUGGUCAUCCGCCAGUAACAGCACUCAACUUUGUACGUUUGAUCUACAUCCUAUUCAGGCGUUUGGCUAUGGAAAUGGGUGGACUGUUCUUUGAUCAAUUCGAGAAAGUCAUUAAGCUGGAAGAACUCGAAAUGGCCAUUGAAAUCUUGCUAUGUGACGUUCGAACGACCUUGGCUGUACCCUCGACAUUAGCAUUGGCGCUCGUCUGCAAUCAUCUCGAGAUGCAUUUGGGUAAAAGUUACUCGAUGCAAAGUCCUGAGAUUAGCCGUCUUGCCGAAUACGGUGUCUAUUUGCAAGACUUCAUUGGGAUGCCGCAUGAAAUUUAA